GCGCCGUAGCUCGGGGCCGGUCUCGUGAAUCAGUGCCUCGUCUGCCGCCCGCGCCGGGGCGCCCGCGCCGAGACCAUGUUUGACAAGACUCGGCUCCCGUACGUGGCCCUCGAUGUGCUCUGCGUGGUGCUGGCUUCCAUGCCUAUGGCUGUUCUAAAUUUGGGCCAAAUAUAUCCAUUUCAGAGAGGCUUUUUCUGUAAAGACAACAGCAUCCAGUAUCCGUACCAUGAUGGUACCAUCACAACCACUGUCCUCAGCACAGUGGGGCUUGGUUUACCCAUUUCCUCUAUGAUUAUUGGAGAAACCCUGUCUGUUUACUUUAACCUCUUGCACUCAAAUUCCUUUAUCAGGAAUAACUACAUAGCCACUAUUUACAAAGCCAUUGGAACAUUUUUAUUUGGUGCAGCUGCUAGUCAGUCCUUGACUGACAUUGCCAAGUAUUCGAUAGGCAGACUGCGGCCUCACUUCUUGGAUGUUUGUGACCCAGAUUGGUCAAAAAUCAACUGCAGUGAUGGUUACAUUGAAAACUACAUAUGUCGAGGGAAUGCACAAAAAGUGAAGGAGGGCAGAUUGUCCUUUUACUCAGGCCAUUCCUCAUUCUCCAUGUACUGCAUGCUGUUUGUGGCACUCUAUCUUCAAGCCAGGAUGAAGGGAGACUGGGCAAGACUCCUGCGCCCCACGCUGCAGUUCGGUCUUGUUGCUGUUUCCAUUUACGUGGGCCUUUCUCGAGUUUCCGAUUACAAACACCACUGGAGUGAUGUGUUGACUGGACUCAUUCAAGGAGCUCUGGUUGCAAUAUUAGUUGCUGUAUAUGUAUCAGAUUUCUUCAAGGAGAGAAAUUCUCCUUUUAAAGAAAGAAAAGAGGAGGACUCUCAUACAACUCUGCAUGAAACACCGACGACGGGAAAUCACUAUCGGAACAAUCACCAACCUUGAAGGUGGCAGAGUGUCCAGAUGAAGCUGGCCUGCUUUCUAAAGGAAAAUGAUUGCAACCAGAAGGCAAGAGGAUGCGUCUUUCUUCCCGGUGUAUAAACCUUUAAGGGACUGCUGCUGCUAUACCUCUUGGAUGCCCACUUUACCUGUGUGUAUAUAGUUACAUUUAACACAAUGGUUAUCUGACAGCUCUAAAUUCAUUAAAAGAAUUUCAAGCCUUUCACUAAAACAAUGCCCCCCACCUGUACAUUUUUUAUUAAAAAAAUGUAAUGCUUACGUACAAACGUGUAUGUAGAAUGAUGCUUGAUUUAAAUAUAAUACAUAUUAAAACGUU